UGACGUCAUAAGGCCGCGCCGCGCCGCGCCGCUGUUGUGAUUCGGCUGAAGAAAGGUUUGUGUUUCUAAGCGUUUAAAGUCAGUGCAACCCGUACGGUUAGCCUUAAAGAUGUGUUUACAAGCAAUUUAAGUUACUUAAUUAUUCUAGAAUAUAACUUUGCAAUACUUUAUUUAACGUUAUGUUUUGUGAGUAAAGCGUAUCAGCACAUGAGUAACAGAAAACGUGCGUCUCAUGUCGCUCCAUAAAUCGCUUUAUCUUAAACACAAACUCGAUCACCGGCGAGUAAUGAUAGAGAACAGCUUUCUGAAGUAAUUGCUCUGCGGAUUCGCUUCACGCGGACGACAUCUGCUGCUCAAAACAGUGUAAAUGCAACGAAAACACAAACGUGCACUGACUCCUGGACUUGGGAGCUGACUGAGAUGCACAGAGAUUUGGUUUGGAUUUGUUUUUCUGUCUGUUCAUAUUUCUCAUCUUAAAUAUCUAAAGACAGAAACACUCAUGGUGAAGCAGCUGAGAUCUCAGUGACGUACUGUUAUAACGAUGGCGUUUCUUAAAGAGGAAAGUGAAGACAUUAAGAUUGAAGAUGCAAUCGGAGUGAAACAAGAAGAUACCGAGGAACAAACAGUCUCGCGUAGCCAGACCUCCGUCUGGAAACUUUGGCCGCUUUGAAUGGCCAAGACCCACCCAAGAGGCCAUAUGACUGACAGGGGUUUAGCGCCACGACAUCUUUGUUACCAGGCGGAAUGUUACAGAACGCGACACACACAUCUCCUGGAAAUCCUGUAUAAUUCAACCAAUCCGACGACGACUUUGAAACUCCUGAAGUGUUUCCAGCUAAGUGUGCCGUAUGCAUCAGACGUUCAGCCAGCGAUCCGUGGGCGUGACGUCUGAGACUAUUUCAACCCACUUAAACCUGAUUGCACUAAAAGAGGAGAGUCUCAAACUAGAUGAAACCGAAGAGAAAGAUCAGUAUGAGAAACAUCAUGACUUUGUAACAGAAAAGUACAGUUGCUCACAAACUAAAAAAAAGUCUUCCUCACGAAAACGAACAGGAUCUGGUAGUCGUUUCACCUGCAAACAAUGUGGAAAAAGUUUCAGUCAACAUGGACACCUCAAAGUCCACAUGAGAAUUCACACUGGAGAGAAGCCCUACACCUGCCAACAGUGCGGAAAGAGUUUUGACCAAAAAGGAGCUUUUACAGUCCACCUGAGAAUUCACACUGCAGAUAAAGCAUUCACCUGCCAACAGUGUGGAAAAUGUUACAGUAGAAAAGAGAACCUUAGGUACCACAUGAGAGUUCACACCGGAGAGAAGCCUUUCAUCUGCAAACACUGUGGAAAAAGUUUCGCUCGAAGAGGAAGCCUUGAAAGCCACAUGAGGAUUCAUACUGGAGUCAAGCCUUACACAUGCUCUCAGUGUGGAAGGAGUUUUACACACAGACCAACUCUUAAUGCCCACAUGAGAAUUCACACUGGAGAGAAGCCUUACAGGUGUUCUCAGUGUGGAAGGAGUUUCGACCAACUUGGAAACCUUAAUGUCCACAUGAGAAUUCACACCGGAGAGAACCCUUUCAGAUGCCCGCAGUGUGAAAAAAGUUUCAGUCGAAAAGGAAACCUCGAAGUCCACAUGAGGAUUCACACUGGAGAGAGCCCUUACACCUGCCAACAGUGUGGAAUGUGUUUCACUCAAAAAGGAAACCUUAAUAUUCACAUGAGACUCCACACUGGAGAGAAGCCAUUCACGUGCCAACGGUGUAAAGAGUGUUUCACAUAUCAAAGAGACCUGAAACGGCAUUUGCAAAUUAAUUCUGGGAAAUCACAGUGUUGCACAGUGUGGCAAGAGGUUUACAAAAUAGAGCAAUUUUAAAAAUCAUAUGCUCAUUGACUGCAGAGGAAGAGAAAUGUAAUUUUGCUCCGUUUCAAUUGCAUUUGCCAUCACACUCAUAGAUACACCUGGAAAUAAAAUGUAGAUGUGUGAGUCUAUUUAUAAUAUAGCAUGACCCUAUUUGUGUUCUUUCUGUGAAAGAGUUGUAAAGGGCUUUUUAAAAUGCUGUUCAAAAUGGCACCUGUGUAAAUAGGUAUAGAUUGUAUAAAGGUAUAGUUCGUAUAUGUGACUAAGUUUUAAAGUACCCUUAUUAUGGGUAUGGAAAGGUUCAUAUUUUAGUUUUGGGAGUCACCAAAAGCAGGUUGACAUGCACGCAAGGUCAAAAAACACUUUCAUUUUCUUAUAAUAUGCAUUUAUUUUUACCUUACUUACUCAACGACUCCCAAAUGAUUCGCUGAACGAUUCGUUUUUCCAAACCCUCCUUUGCGUGACACCAAUCUGCGGUGAUUGGUCUCAUUUCAUCUCUUCUCGCCUGAUAAAGCAGUGUUUGAGAGUGCGGUGCUGCUUUGUGUACAGCGUUACCGGGGAAACAUUUUUAACGCUCCAACAGCGGCACCUAGUGGCAAAGAAUGAAUUUGCAUUUUCAUUCAGACCAACGCAAAAAGACCAACAAGUGGGCGGACAAUAUGCUAAUGUUUCAUGUUGACAUCAACAUGAAACGGCUUGGGAUUCGUUUUAAAAACGACUCGUUUCAGUGAUUCAGAGUCGACUCCUUUCUUUUGAGAGACGAUAACUUUAUACACGGUGCACUUUCAGAUUUAAAACUUUGCAGGGUGUUAAUAAACUCAUAACUUGCUGUGAAAUUAUAUAAUGUAAAUGACAAAUUAUAAAUAAAAUGACUUCAG